CUAUUUUGAUUUAAGAUAAAUGAGUUAAGAAAUAUUUGUUAGUGAUGAUGGCAAAUUAAAGUUAUUAAAUGAGAGACAGGAAGGAAUGAGAUUUGUAAAUUCUUAAACCAGACAGUUCUUCUAAUAAGUAUUUAUAAUAAAUACUAAAUAAGCAACCAGUGAUUGAAUUUUAAUAAUAAUAAAUAAGAACUUAAGAGGAUGUUCCAAUUAUUUAGACAUAAUAAUUACCUCCACCCAGGAUAUAAAGCCAAUAGGUUUUGAGAUAGAAUAUUUCAAUACCUUAAGUUUCUUAUCCAGGUACAUACAGUGUUUAAUAAAAUUGUCAACAGGCUCCUCCACUUUGUAUGAACAUAGUAGUAGUUUCAAAAGAAGAAAUAGAAACUCCAUGGAGAUUGGAAUGUGAAUAUUUAUAAUCAAUAAUUGCUGAUUUAGAAAGAAGAAAGGAAGCAAAAGUAGUAGAAAAAGAAGUAGUAAAAGUAGUGACAGAUAAUACUAGGAUAGAAUAAUUGGAAGCUCAAUUACUUCAAUUGCGUAGAGAAAAUGAUCAAGUAAAAAAUUAAAUGAUGUAAAUGCGAAAUAAUUAUGAAUCCUAAUUGGAAUCUUUAAGAGGAGAUAUAACAUUACAUAGUGCUAAUGCUGCUGAUUCAGCUUCAUUAUAAGCAGAAUUUUUUGCCAUGAGAACUUAAUUGGAAGAUUAGAUUGCAGAAUUGAGAAGAUCAAUUUCUGAUCUAGAAAUUCAAUUAAGUUAAUCACAAUCAGAAAAUGAUAGACUUAAACAAUUACUUUAAAAUAAAGAUUCAGAAAUUUAAUAGCUGAGAUUAUAAUUGUCUAAAUUAUAAACAAGUGCAUAAGACACAAGUUAAUUAAGAGAUUUAGAGAAUCAAUUGAGACUGUCUAAAGAUGAAAACUCUAGACUUGAAAGAUUACUACAAUAAGCUAAUUAAGAUAUUUUGAAUUGGAAAAACAAAUAUAGUCUUAUUGAGUAGGAAUCAUACACAAAAAAUAAUGAACUUAUUAUGUAAUUAAGAGAGUAUGAAGUAAUCUUCUUCUCAUUAAUUUGUAGAAUAGAUUAGCUUUGAUAUCAACUGAUAUUGAAAGAUUACAAAUUCAAAUAAAAAACAAAGAUGCAGAAUUAGAUGAAUGGAGAAUUAGAUAUACUGAACUAGAAUCAUAAGGAACUACGGUUAUAUAAGAGAAGGUCACUUAUCUUUCUUAGGAAGUUGAAGUUUGGAAAUAGAAGUUCAUUAAAGCGAACCAUGAAUACAAUAAGUGUCAAGAAGAAUUAACUAUGUGUUAAGCAGAAUUAGAAUCACUUAAGAAAAGUGGAUCAAAAAGAGUAUGUGAAAAUUCUAUAUUUAGGAAGUUGUUGUUACAUAAAGAACUGUAACAUCAAGGGCUGGGAAUACUCUGACUGUUACUGGACCUACUGGAUCAUCAUAAUCUUAAAUUAAAAGAAGUGGUAUAUAGGAAUGAUUAUUCAUUUUAUAUCUAAGUACAAGUAUAG